UGGGCACUGAUAGGCGGCACUGAUGAGGAGGCACUGAUAGGCUGCACUGAUGAGCAAUGACAGGCAUCACUGGUAAAGGUAAGAACCAGGGGCGGACUGACAACUCAUGGGGCCCAUGGGCAAUAGGGGAUCAUGGGGCCCCUGUGUCCUUACCCAAACUCAAAAAAGCUUAUGAAAAAGGUACCAGGGGCAUCUCAUGGGGCCCCCUACUGACCCUGGGCCCUCGGGCAGUGCCCGAGUUUCCAAAUGGUCAGUCCGCCCCUGGUAAGAACUGAAUGUCACAU